UCGCCCAGUGCCAUCACCCUGCCUGCUGGCUGGGCAGGGUAACUCCUCAGGUCACCACCCCCCCUCCAGCCUGCCUUGGGCUUGGGGAGUGAGGAGAAGGGCGAGGGACGAACCUGAACAUCCUCCAUCCAUCGCUCCGUCACCAGAGCAAGAUGGCCGGGCUCCUGAGGAUGUUCAGGAAGAAGGCUCUGAAGGUGGCCCCAGAGCCUGAGGGGAGCAGCUGCCAUCUUCCCCAGGAGCAGAGCGGCCCCUCUGUCCCCGCUGGCGGGGAAGGAGCUCCCGGCCGGACCAGGAGGUGGAAGUUCCCAGCCUUCUGGAAGAGGAAACCUGCUCCCGGCGCAGGCGCCGAGGUGGGAGAGGCACUGGCCAGGCCAAAAUGGAGCUGGUCCAGGAUGCGGCUGGGCAGGCAGGACCCAGCCCAGGAGCGCAACCGGGCAGGGUGGCUCCGGGGCUUGUUAUGUGGGCAGCAGCGGCCCCAGGAGCCCAGCCCCGAUUUCCAUCAGGAGGCAUCGCCCAGCCCGGUCAGUGGGGACCUUCCAGCCUUCCCAGGGCAGGAGGUGGAGGAUCCCUCUCCCAGCCCCAGCAGCUCGGCCCGCUCCCCAUGGGACAGCAGCAGCGCCUGCGACUCGGACAGCAGCUCGGCCGACGGACGCUUCUGCUUCGUUCAAGGGUCCGCCAGGGCCUCUGAGGACGAGCAGGAGCAGGAGGAGGAGGAGGAGGAGGAGGAAUGGGUCGACGUGGUAACAGAGGAGGCUGCUCUCAAAAACAUCCGAGAGCAGCUCCAGGGCCGAGAAAAGGACGAGGCGCAGCAGCUCGUGUUCCUGCACGCCAUCCACCCCGCGUGUCUCGCUGCACAGCAGAGAGGGCAGGACACAUUGGAGCCGCGCUGCUGCAAGGCAGCUGUGGUGGAGAGGAUUGUGGAGCUCAUUGAGGAGCUUCCUGAUGACUCUCCACCCGGCGCCGUCCUGGCCAACUGCCUGAUCGCUGUGGCCAACCUCAGCACCAUGACACCUGCCUUGGAGCCGGAGCUGGAGACCCACCUCCUCCGAGCUACCCUGCAUGCCGUUUUCACCCUGGACACGCGGACGGACACCACCCAAGUCCAGGAUCUGCAUAGGGUCAUGCCAGACCUCCUGGACGCCAUGCUGGGGAACCUGCUGGCAAAGUCCCCAGAUACCAUCAAGCUCCACUACAUCUUGGAGCACAUUAACUACUGGAUGGUGUCCAGGGUGUCGCGCGAGAGAGCCAGGGCCAUUAGGAGCAGCGCGACCCUGCUCACCUCCAUCAUCACCCUCCCUGACUUCGACAACUCAGCCGAAUUCCCCGAGAUGGGUCACCAUGUGGCACAGCUGGCUCUGUCCAUCGGUGACCCAGACAAGGACAUCAGCCGGCAGGCCAGGGAGGGGAUUUUCCGGCUCUACCAACUGUUGCUGCACCAGAGGGACCUGACCAUCCACGAGGCCGAAGAGCUGUGGCUCCGGGACUGGCACCAGGACAGCAGGCUCCUCGGCUAUAAAAACACAGCCAGGGUCGGUGAGGUAAGGCCGCUGUGCCAGGGCAUGGCACAGCUCGGGCACCUCACGUCCGUUUGGUUUCAGGUCUUUGGAAAGUUAUUCUCGGAGGGGCAGAGACGCUUCUUCCUGCGUACGGCAGUGCUGGCCAUGCACAACCCCCGGCUGCGUGUCAGCCAGGCUGGGCUGCUCCUCACUUACUCCCUCCUGGGGCAAGCCCAGCAGCUGCUGGGGGACAAGCAGGAGGAGGUCACCUAUAAGGUGACGCAACAACUGCACAUCAUCCACAACUUGCACCAAGUGCCUGAGGCGGUGCAGGAGCUCUGCCUCCGAGGCCACCAGCUACUCCCGCUCCCUGUAAACGAGGAGUGUAGUCAGACUGAGUGGUCUCCCUCCGAGUGGGAGAGCGAGAGACCCCCUACACGCCCCUUGGAGGGUGAAGCCUAUAUUGCCCCGCCCCCCUCACCAUCAGGACCGGGGCGUGGCCGGAAGUAUAAAAGACUCUGCACAGUGGGGGGAGACCCUGCAAGACAGGAGGACGCUCAGCCUGUUCUCCAGAGGCCCUGA